AUGCAGGAAUGGACACCUGAUUUGGACCUCUUAAAUGCAGAUAUUAAGGUGGUUCCAACAUGGAUAAAAUUACCUGGGCAACCGUUGAAAUACUGGGGUCAGUCUACUCUUCAUAAGCUGGCCAGUAAGGUGGGAAAAGCCAUUAGAACUGAUAGGGCCACGGCCCAGAAGGAUAUAUUGGAGUAUGCUCGAAUUCUGGUAGAGGUGAAUAUAGGUCAGGAGUUUCCUAAGGAAAUAGUGUUUGAAAAUGAGAAAGGUGUUCUUAUGACUCAAAUAGUGCAAUAUGAAUGUUUGCCUAUUUUUUGUGAUGAUUGUAAGGGGAUUGGACAUACAGCAGAAGCAUGUAGGCAGAAGAGAUUUGAACUGGCCAAGAAGAAAAUUCAACCUAUGAAAAAGUGGAUUCCCAAGAAUACUGGAGUGAUUGGGAAGCCUGCAGUGACUGAUACAGUGAACAAAACGAGGAAUCUGGAUUCUAUUGCUGAGGAUGUGGAUGAAGAGGUGAAUACUAUUACUGUUACUGAAGUGGAUAAAGGAGAAUCUACUGCAAUGGUAGUGGAGACCAGUCAAGGCAAGAAGUCUGGGCAGAAAUCAGAGGAUAUUGCUGGUGUGGAGCAAGGAGAUAGGGGUGAACCAAGUGGAAUGAAAAUAGGAGAUAUUCAAUGUCUGUUUGGUUUAUUGGAGACAAGGGUUAGGAGUCAGAAUUUUGCUAAGGUAUUUGCAAGAUUUGGGGGUAUGUGGAGUAUUGCUACUAAUUAUCAGUGUCACAAGGGUGGUAGAAUCUGGUUAUUGUGGUUACCUUCUAAUUUUGUUGUGAAUAUCAUUGAAUGCACUAGUCAGUUCAUUCAUUGUCAUGUAUUGCAAUUGAAUUCAGGGAAGAAAUGGUUUGUUACUAUGGUUUAUGGGCUGAAUGACAGUAAAGAUAGGAAGCAGUUGUGGGAGGGGCUCAAGAGAUUGAGUAAAAAUGUGAAUGAAGCGUGGGUGGUGGGAGGAGAUUUCAAUAAUGUUCUCCACCUCAAUGAAAGAAUUGGAUCAGCAGUCACUCUGGAGGAGGUAAUGGAGUUUCAGCAGUGCCUUAGAACUUGCUCUCUUCAGGAACAAACUAAUACAGGACCGUUUUACACAUGGUCCAAUAAGCAAGAGGGGGAUGACAGGGUAUUUUCUAGGAUUGACAGGAUUGUGGUGAAUGAUAGAUGGAUGGAGGUAUUUCCAGACUCAGUUAGCAUGUUUUUCCCUGAAAGCAUCUCAGAUCAUUGUCCAUGUUUGGUUAAAUUGCUGAGUACUAGUCAUAACAAACCUAAACCCUUUAGGUUUUUUAAUAUGUGGACUCAGUCAGACAGAUUCAUAAGUAAGGUGCAGGAGGUGUGGCAAGAGGAUGUUUCUGGAGUUCUCAUGUUUCGGAUAGUUAGGAAGUUGAAGAAACUAAAGAAGUCCCUAAAAGAGCUGAAUAGGGAUAAAUUUGCAGACAUUGAGAAGCAAGCUGAUGAAGCUUACACUAAACUACUGCAAGCUCAGCAGCAGGUUAAGCAGGAGUGGAUUAAGAAUGGUGAUGCUAAUACAGGAUAUUUUCAUGCCUGUAUUAAGCAAAGGAGAUGUCAGAAUAAGUCUGCUAUCAAACAUGUUAGUAGCAGUGUAAUCCAGGAAGGCAAUGUGGUAACUGAGAACCAGCAAGAAAGCCUGUGUGCUCCAUUCACAGGUGAAGAUGUCAAAGCUGCAUUCUUUGAUAUUGAAGAUAAUAAGGCCCCAUGCCCUGAUGGGUACACUAGUUGUUUUUUCAAGAAGGCUUGGCCUUGCAUUGGAGAGGAUAUCAUCAAUGCUAUUGAAAUUGUUCUACCUAGCCUAGUUGAUCAAGUGCAAAGUGCUUUUGUGGCUAAUAGAGUAAUUAUGCAUAACAUCUUCAUCUGUCAAGAUAUGCUGAAGAAUUAUAAAAGAAAGAGUGCUCCUGCUAGGUGCACACUGAAAGUAGACUUGAAGAAGGCAUAUGACUCCUUGAAUUGGGAGUUCAUCAGAGAAUUGCUCAUUGGGUUAAAUUUUCCUGAAAGAUUUAUUCACUGGAUUAUGGAAUGUCUCACUACUCCUUCCUACUCAUUGAGUGUUAAUGGGGGACUGAAUGGUUUUUUUCAAGGAAAAAGAGGGAUUAGACAGGGAGAUCCUAUCUCUCCUUUAAUUUUUGUUCUUGCUAUGGAGUACUUUACAAGAUUGAUGAAGAAAAUGAGUCAUAGAGUGGAGUUUAAAUUGCAUCAUAGAUGUGAACAGUUGAAGAUUCAUCAUCUGAUUUUUGCUGAUGACUUGAUGCUGUUUAGUAAAGGUGAUAUUCAGUCAGUAGUGCUUCUAGUGAGAACCUUAAAAGCCUUUGCUGAGUCUUCUGCAUUAGAAGCAAGUCCUGAAAAAACUGCUAUCUAUUUUGGUAAUGUAAAGGAGGUGGAACAAAAUAGAAUACUUCAAAUUACUGGGUAUAGAAAAGGGAUCUUUCCUUUUCGAUACUUGGGUGUUCCUAUCACUUCUAAGAGAUUGAGCAAGGCAGAUUGUGAUAUUUUGGUGGAUAGGAUGCUUAAAAGAAUCAUGUGUUGGAGUUCAAGGCACCUUUCAUAUGCAGCAAGAACAACUCUUGUAAAUGCUGUUCUUAUGAGUAUUCACACUUACUGGGCUCAAAAUUUCCUUCUGCCUAAGUGUUUCUACUCAGAAUUAACCAAGUUUGCAGAGCUUUUCUUUGGGAGGCAAAGUGGUGUUGAAUAA